AAAUGCGCUUGCGUAAACGAAUAGCGUGAUCAUAUGUUGAUUAUAUCGUUCCUAUGGCGAUAUACGUCGAAGAUCUUCUAUCCUCUUUAGUUCCUGCACAAUGUCUGAAACAUUUAUCUUCAGGCGACAUUUCCAAUGUGGACUGUCUGAAAAUUAUUAUAUCCAAACUCCUUGGUUCUGGAAUUGUAGCUGCCUCUACUCUAGUCAAAGUACCUCAAAUAUUGAAAUUAUACAAUGCAAAAAGUAGUGAAGGAAUCAGUUUUUAUGGUGUUCUUUUGGAAUUAAUUAGCAUGACAGCUACUACUUCAUACAGUUUUAAAAAGCAAUUUCCAUUUAGUGCUUGGGGAGAUUCACUUUUCUUGAUGAUAGAGACUGCAACCAUUGCAUAUUUAGUACUUUUCUACAGUGGAAAAUAUCACAAGGCAGUAGCAUUCACCUCAUCUUACUCUCUUAUUCUCUAUCUUUUGAUGAGUGGUUUAACACCCAUUAAGAUUUUGUGGACUUGCCAAGCAUUUAGCUUACCAAUUACCGUUAGUGGAAAGUUACUACAGGCCCUGGCUAAUUACAAAAACGGACACACGGGACACUUAUCUGCCGUUUCCAUGGUUCUUCUGUUUCUCGGAGGUUUGGCUAGGAUAUUUACUUCGAUUCAAGAAACUGGCGAUAGCCUGAUGAUCGUCACUUUUUGUGUAGCAGCAUCGGCUAAUCUUCUACUUGUCCUACAGAUUUUUUAUUAUUGGGAAGCUACGCAACGAUUUUUGAAAGGCAAAACCGAUUAAGAAGAAGAAAAUAUUCCAUUUUAGCCGAUCCGUCCCAUUUUCGUCACUUUAAGCUACUACACUCGACGAGAUUUAUAAAAAUUGCAAUACUUUACAAAUUGUUAAAUAAGUGAGAAGUUAAUUAUUAAUUGUUUCAAAGAUUUUUAGCUUAUACGAUUGGUUUGUUUUAAUCUUAUUAUAAUUUUUAAAUUGUAUAUUAGUUAAAUUAUACAAGUAGUAAUUCCGAAAUCUCCUAUAAGAUGUAAGCGACUGGUUUCGAUACCGAAACAAACUAAAAAUAAUCAAUUGUUUGUAUAUUAAAUCGAAUGUACGUGUUAAAAAAUAAU